AUGGCAUCCACAGGCCAUCCACGUGCCGUUCCAUCCACAUUCCAUUCACGUGCCUUCCACAUGCCAUCCACAUGCCAUCCAAAUGACAUCGACAUGCCAUCCGCGCACCAUUGCAGUGGCAUCAAAGGAAACUACCUCACGGGAUCCCUGCCGGCCACCCUUGGCGCACUCAACCUCGAUGAACUGGAGUAUGACUUCACAGUGCAAUGUCCCAACAGCACUGACUGUGUGGUGGAGCAGUCGCUCGAGAGCCAGUUCUGCAUCGCCUGCUAUUCCUUCUGCCAGUCCUGCAUCUCCCCGCCUGCAGCCCCUUCGUCUGCUGCACCUUCCUCUGCAGCACCCCCUUCUGCUGAAACCUCCUCUGCAGCACCUUCCUCUGCUGCACCUUCCUCUGCUGCACCUUCCUCUGCUGCACCAUCUUCCGAAUCCCCCCCAAUCGACGAUUAUGAGCCUCCGUACACACCCCCCUCCAUUGCGCCUCCUUCUUUAUCCCCUCCUUCCACUCCUCCUCCUGGUAAUGGGACCUCUAACCCAACCGACCCCACAUCCUCGGGCACUAGUAGUACCAGCAGCAGCACCACCAACAUCAUCGACAACAGUGUGCAGAGCUCCUCUAAUGCCAACAGCACAGCCUCUUCUUCCUCCUCUGGCAUGUCCACUGGAGCAAUCGUGGGGAUUGUGGUGGGGGUGAUUCUGGUGGUCAUUGGCGCCGUUGCAGUCGUGUUCAUCAUUAUUCAGUGUUGCAAGAAGACAGAAGACAUUGAGGUGGAAUAUCCUUCAUCUGCAGCAGCAACAGGCUAUCCAGCCAUGGGGUCAUACCCAGCUGGAGACCAGUACAAGCCUAAUGCUGGUUACCAACCAGGUGUUGCUGAUAAGGUGUAG